AUGCAAAAUGCACUUGACGUCGCUGUACAGUUAUGAACAUCACCAAGCCGACCCCGCCAUCUAGGCCCACUCUACUCUGUGACUCUUGCACGCAAGUGUUCAGUGUCGUGCGAUUUUAAUACCAUUUUUCCAUUUUGUAGUGGUCUUUCUUGACAGUCCAGUCCAGUAGUCAUUAUCUUGAGUUUCUGAGUUCCCAGUUUCUGUAUUGCUUCUGCUUGGAUUUCUCCGAAGGUAACAACAGUACGAGUACCUCUUCAGGGUCAUCAAAUUCCUGCAUUGUAGUCAUCAACAACCCGCAAUCGACAUUAAGUUCCCCCUCCUUGAACAGCUUGAGAAGUCUGCACCAACCUUACAACGUAAUCAUGUCUGGACGUGGAGGACCUGGUGGCAACUCUCGCGGUCGCGGCGGAAAGUUCAAGAAGUUUACUAGAGGAGGCGGCAAACACUUCUCGCGCGACUUGCGACCCCUCGACGCCGAUGGUAAUGAAAUCAGCAUGUGGAGCGCCGACGCGAAAAAGAAGGAUUCAGACGAUGACUCUGAAGACUCGGGUGAGGAGUCUGAGGAAGAUUCCGAUGAGGAUUCUGGCGUUGGUCCAUCCAAUAGCCGCGAGUUGACCAGAGAAGAGCGCAAGCAACAGAAGGCAGCGGCCAAGGCUGCUGCCAUUGCCAAGAAGAAGAAGGCGCAGAUACAGGUGGGAGACAUGCCCACUGAUUCGGAAGAGGAAAGCGACGACGAUAUGCCCGCCAAUCCGAACCACUCCAAGGCCUCGCGAAACAUGACCAAACAGCCAGCAGCAACCGUCGAAGAGGUCGCCGAGGCUGUGAAGAACUUGGCUACCAAGCCCGCUGCCAGCAUGAGCCGAAAGGAGCGCGAAUCCAUGGAGGCCGCUGCGGCCAAGGAGAGAUACCGCAAACUGCAUGAAGCAGGCAAAACCGAUGAGGCCCAGGCAGAUCUUGCUCGGCUACGUCUCAUUCGCGAGAAGCGCGAGGCUGAAUCCGCUAGGAAGCAGGCUGAAAAGGAAGAACGUGAGGCCCAAGAGGCAGCGAAGAAAGCAGAGAUUGAAGCCAAGGAGGCAAAGAAGCGCGUGGCCGCUUUGGGGAAGCCGGGCAAGAAGGGAAAGGGCAAAUGAAUGUGACUUUGAGUGACCUCACUUGUUUUUAACAGCAUAGACAAGCUUAUUUUCCAUAUCCACUGUAUCCACAGAUACAGUUUCAUAUUGGGAUUCUAACAAUUAUAUCUACAUGAGGAAACGCCUUUUUGAUAUGUCUAGCAUUUUCAAAUCAACUCAUUCGGGCAUUUAUGUGUGAAUACGGGACUUGGGGUUAGGGUUGGGGUUAUACUAUCUUAUACCUUCAAUUUCGUUAUCGAAUACGCUCUUAUUAAUAUUUCUUAGGUUAAUAAGUAUUUAGCUUAU